ACUUACGGCCGACUCGUGGAAGAGCCGACAUAUUUCGAGUUAAGUCCCGGUCAGAGCACUCAGUGGGAAAUCAUCAGAUCUGUGAACAACUAUUUGCGUAAUGAACACCACACUCUUCAGGAGGUGCUGUGGAAGUCGGAUGUCUUAAGUCAACGCAAAUACGGUCGCGAUUUGCCGCCGCGCGAGACGCCGGCCAAUGGGAUGCCCGACGCGUGUCGUCUAUACGGCACACUCACUGUCAACAAAGUUUCGGGCAAUUUUCACAUUACGGUCGGCAAACAUUUGCCGAUGCCUUUAGGACACGCCCACAUCUCACUCUUCACCAGCGAAACAGAAUACAAUUUUAGUCAUCGUAUCGAAAGGUUUUCAUUUGGAGAAUACGUUCCGAGUAUUAUAAACCCAUUGGAAGGCGAAGAGAAGAUCACUCAAUCCAACAUCGCAACUGACGCUAAAGAGCUUUCAAUACUCAACGACAGAAAGUGA